UACUAUUCUCUUCUUUCCUUUUCUCUCAUUCUUGUGCCUUUUGUUAGAAAGGACUUUGAGAGAAGUAGAGAUGUCUAGUAGAAGAACAAGGAUCACAGAAGAAGAGAUGAAUGAGCUCAUCUCCAAGCUCCAAAACCUCUUGCCGGAGUCUCGCCGGAGAAACACCUCCAGAGCCUCAGCAUCAAAGGUGUUGAAGGAGACAUGCAACUACAUUAAGAGUUUGCAUAGAGAGGUGGAUGGUCUAAGUGAUAGACUCUCAGAGCUCAUUAACACAAUGGACAAUGACAGUGCACAGGCAGAGAUCAUUAGAGGACUUUUGAGGUCUUGAUGUUUAAUGUGUUUGUUUUGUUAUGGUUUAUUGUAUUAGUUAUGGUUGCAAUUUUAUUUUGAUGAUGUUAUAUGAUAUAUAUAUAUAUAUAUAUUUUAUUUCAGUAGAAAGUUUGGCUUGAGUUGUUUGUUUACUUAGUAGCAUGGCAACCAGCCAACUGAUUUGGGAGUAGUUUAUCUCUACUUUGCCUGUUUUAGGCUUUUGUUAUUCUGGUAUUCUGGAUCUAUUUAUUAGUGAGAGUGUUAUGUUGUACACG